CGCAACGCGCGCCGCGUGAUAGCCCCGUCGUACCGUGAUACACCCGUGGUAGGCCCGUGAUACACCCGUGAUAAGCACUGACAAAAGAAAUUCAGUGCCACGGCUUUGAAAGGUACAGUCGCGAAUAACAGUGCCCAAAAACUAGCGUCUUCCCCCAAGUGCGUGAGAGCAUAUCCCGGUCUUCCCAUAUAUGGCAAGCGGUCAGUGAGCGACAUGGCGUGGGGCUACUGGUCCGCGUCGUCCGUGCUGCCCGACCGCGGGCGGAGCCCCCGGCGAGGCGGCGCCCCGGCCAACCCGCCCACCGCGCGAGACGUCCUCGAACCUCAAGAUGAGAGCGUUAUCGCCUCAAACAGCAGAGAUCAUUCCGCGUCACCCUCCUCGAAUGGCGCUGACCCAAGACACGCGGUGCCCGCCAGCGCCCUCUUCGGCGAACACUACGAGAUGUCACGCCGACCUUCUCUAGAUCUCGGCUCCGUGCGCAGCGCCCUCGCGUCAUGCUCAGGAGGCACCCUCAGCGCCGGAUCCACGCUCACUCGGGGGGGCACCGUGGCGGAUUACAUACCAUGCCCUCACCACCACCGGGUGUACGUCGACCACCACAAGCACUACGAGCAGCCGAUCCAGCCGGUGCACGUGGGGGUCCCCCACCACUCCCACUCGCAGCCCCACUCCCAUCCCCACUCGCGAGCCUCCAGCAGACACCACACCGAUGAUGAGGACGACCUAGAACCGGCUUAUGCUACAGUAUUCCCAAAUGUUCCGGCAGCGCCGGGGAUGCCCUGCGCCGGGGAGGACCGGAGUAUCUACCGGCGCGGUGCGCGGCGGUGGCGCAAGCUGUACCGCGUCAACGGACACAUCUUCCAGGCCAAAAGGUUCAAUAGACGAGCGUUCUGCGCGUUCUGUCAGGACCGCAUCUGGGGUCUGGGUCGGCAGGGGUUCAAGUGCAUCCAGUGCAAGCUGCUGGUGCACAAGAAGUGCCACAAGCUGGUGCAGCGGCCCUGCUCCAGCGAGCACGUGGAUCCCAUCGAGGUUAAAGACGACGCCAACGGAGAGGGCACCCUCGGCAGAGCGGCUUCUGUCAGGUCUCGCGCGGAGGAGCUUCCUCUGCCGGAGACGCCGCCGGCCCCGGCGCCGCCGUCGCACGACCUGGAGCCGGGCAGCCAGCGCCAGUACUCGCUCGAAGACUUCGAGCUCAUACGCGUUAUUGGCCGCGGCUCGUACGCCAAGGUCCUGAUGGUGGAACUGAAGCGCACGCGGCGCGUGUACGCCAUGAAGGUGAUCAAGAAGGCGCUGGUCACUGACGACGAGGAUAUAGACUGGGUGCAGACGGAGAAGCACGUGUUCGAGACCGCCUCCAACCACCCCUUCCUGGUGGGGCUGCACUCGUGCUUCCAGACGCCGAGCAGGCUGUUCUUUGUUAUUGAGUUUGUGCGCGGCGGUGAUCUCAUGUUCCACAUGCAGCGCCAACGUCGUCUACCUGAGGAGCACGCGCGGUUCUACGCGGCGGAGAUCUCGCUGGCGCUGCACUUCUUGCACGAGCGCGGCGUCAUAUACCGCGACCUGAAGCUCGACAACGUGCUGCUCGACCACGAGGGACACAUCAAGCUAACGGAUUAUGGGAUGUGCAAGGAGGGGGUCCGACCAGGCGACACGACGUCGACAUUCUGCGGGACACCCAACUACAUAGCGCCCGAGAUACUCCGCGGUGAGGAGUACGGGUUCUCCGUGGACUGGUGGGCACUCGGUGUCCUGACAUACGAGAUGUUGGCCGGCCGCAGCCCCUUCGACUUGGCACACGCUGCAGACAGCCCCGACCAGAAUACUGAGGACUAUCUGUUCCAGGUGAUCCUAGAGAAGACGAUCCGUAUCCCGCGCUCGCUGUCUGUGAAGGCGGCGUCGGUGUUGAAGGGGUUCCUCAACAAGAACCCGGCGGAGCGGCUCGGCUGCUGCGACAACGGCUUCCUCGACAUCGUCAACCAUCCCUUCUUCAAGAGCAUCGAGUGGGAGAUGCUGGAGCAGAAGCAGGUGGUGCCGCCGUUCAAGCCGCGUCUGGAGGGCGAGCGGGACCUCGCCAACUUCCCCCCUGAGUUCACCGAGGAGCCCGUACAUCUUACGCCGGACCUCGACACGGUGAUAGCGGACAUCGACCAGUCGGAGUUUGAGGGUUUCGAGUACGUGAACCCGCUACUGAUGUCGCUGGAGGACUGCGUGUGACCACACGCCUGCCGCCUGCACCCCCAUCACCCCGCGCAGGCUUACGGGUACGGCGCCGAGUCGUCGUCGUCCGACUACGACUCGGUGUGCUCCGAGCUGCCGCCGCGCAAGCCCACGCUGCUGCAGCACAUGUUCUGUCUGCCGCUCAACUGACCGCCGCGCCGACGCUGUCGACACUCACACGACUCACGUCACUGUCACGACUGACAUGAGUGUCAUGAGUGACAUGAGUGGCACAACUGACAUGAGUGUAACGAGUGACAUGAGUAUAAUUGCUAGUGACAUAAGUGGAAUGAGUGUAAAGACAAGAGUGGUGUUAGCGGGCUCCUAAACGAGCAAUUUUAUUGCGCAGUAUUGCGUAAUUAAUAACUAUAGUUUUAAUUUAAAAAAAUAACUUCAAUCUAACUGUCAAAUAAACUG